UUCGCCGAUCGAACGGCCGCCGCUCUGCGGCUGGUGCACUUUGCGUCGGGCAUCGGGAGAGGAGAAACAACGACCUCCGUGAAAGUGCGUACAUGAACGCGGGGAAGCAACGGUGCGGCGCCGAUAGGCCGGCAACGACGGCGGUGUCGGUGCUGCUCUCGGCUGCGCCAUGUGUCGGCACGGCGGAACGACCCGCUUCUGGACUUGCUCGGUUGUCGCCGCAGUCGCCGUGCUCUUCGCUAGUGGACAGAAGCCCGUACCGCACGGAUGCGACUUGGACACAGAAUCUAAGGGAGUUUCAAAGUGCGCUCAAGAACACUUCAAAGGAAAGUUCGACCAAGCGAUGGCCCAGAAGCUCGUAAUCGGCUGCAUCACGGGAAACCUCACCAUCGCUGAAUUUCGGAACCGCUGCCGGAGGCCUCCAUUGGCCGGUCGCGUCGUGCGUUGCGUCGGGGGAACGCUUCCACAGAUCAAGUUCAUACAAAAGCCGACGAUGAACCACCUGGCCAAGUUUCAAAACUGCGUCGUUAAAACAAUUUAUCCACACUCCAAUCUCUUUAGGUGAUCGCUGGGUGCCGGCUACAACAAACAAUAAAACGCUCAACGUCACGGUCGA